AUGCCAGGUAUCAGAUCCUCAGCAGUUACACCCGGUGCAGCAGCAGGAGGAACUGCACAAGGAACUUCGCCAGCAUUUGGCGAUGUAUCGACUGGAGCAGCGACUACCGUGCUAGAUAUUAGCUCCUCAGCAGCUACACCCGGUGCAGCAGCAGGAGGAACUGCGCAAGGAUCUUCGCCAGCAUCUGGCGAUGCAUCGACUGGAGCAGCAGCUACCAUGCUAGGUAUCAGUUCCUCAGCAGCUACAGCCGUUGCAGCGGCAGGAGGAACUGCACAAGCAACUUCGGAAGCAUCUGGCGCAUCGGGAAGCACAAAUGGUGCCGGUUCGUCCAUCGCAGCAGCUUCUAAUCUAGGAGCGCAAGCGGCGGCGCAGAGCACCACAGGCGCACCUGCAGGGCCCACGACCAGUAUGGUGAA